CACCUUCUAGCCAACCCCCCUUUCACCAUCUUGGCUGGACCUGUCAAAACCACGCCUAUGGAGCUCCACAAUUGGUCCAGAAUGCGUAAAAUCUGCAAUCAAGACGGCUUGGUUCAUUAGUGCGAGGAUCCAGUAAGGAGGGACAUGUAAGACAGACACAGUUACACACUGGUCAGGAAAGGACCUUGCAAUUCCUCAUCAGUUCUCACGACUUUCCUCAUCCGGAGGUGUUUUACUUUCUAUAGUGACUUGGACACUUGGAAAAGUGCAUGUCUGCACAGAAGUGUCAGUGCUGCUCUUUUGAAGGAUAUUACCAUUGUGCUGGAAUUGGAGCAUCCUCAGCGGGAGUGACAUUAACCCACUAGUCUUCUACUGCUGCGAAAGCAGCGCGCUAUCUAUCAGCGGCGACAGUCAGUCGGACUUAAGUGAGUUGUUUUAGAAUAUAAUCAUUUCAUCUGGCUCUUUGGAUGCACCGAUGAGAGAUCCAGUUUUUACAGCGAACGCUAUGGCUUAUCACCCUUUUCACGCGCACAGGCCGGCCGACUUCCCCAUGUCAGCUUUCCUUGCUGCGGCUCAUCCCUCGUUUUUCCCAGCUCUCACUUUACCGCCGGGUCUCAGUAAACCUCUGGCGGAUCACGCGCUCUCUGGCGCGGCUGAGGCUGGCUUACACGCGGCGCUGGGUCAUCACCACCAGGCGGCUCAUCUCCGCUCCUUCAAAAGCUUAGAGCCAGAGGAAGAUGUUGAAGACGAUCCCAAAGUAACAUUAGAUGCGAAAGAGCUUUGGGAUCAAUUCCACAAAAUUGGAACAGAAAUGGUCAUUACGAAAUCUGGAAGGAGAAUGUUUCCUCCAUUUAAAGUGCGCGUGAACGGCCUGGACAAAAAAGCAAAGUAUAUACUUUUGAUGGAUAUUGUUGCGGCAGACGACUGUCGGUACAAAUUUCACAAUUCUCGAUGGAUGGUCGCAGGGAAGGCCGAUCCGGAGAUGCCUAAACGAAUGUACAUUCACCCGGAUAGCCCGGCCACGGGGGAACAGUGGAUGGCAAAGCCUGUUGCAUUCCAUAAACUCAAACUGACUAAUAAUAUAUCGGAUAAACAUGGAUUUACCAUUUUGAAUUCUAUGCACAAAUACCAGCCAAGGUUUCAUAUCGUUAGAGCCAACGAUAUUUUGAAACUCCCAUAUAGCACUUUUAGGACUUAUGUAUUUCCUGAGACUGAUUUUAUAGCCGUCACUGCAUAUCAGAAUGACAAGAUCACACAACUGAAAAUCGACAAUAAUCCAUUCGCAAAAGGAUUUAGGGAUACGGGGAAUGGAAGGAGAGAGAAAAGAAAACAAUUAGGCCUGCCAUCAAUGCGCAUUUAUGAUGAUCAGUGCAAAGCAGAUCGAGAUGGAGGAGAUUCAGACGCCUCAUCCUGCGACCAAAAUGCAGGAAGAGAUUCAGUUCACUCGCCGACUGGAACAGCAGCAAGUCCACUUAAGUUCAACAGAUCCACAGGUGACAAAAACUGUAAUGAAAGUGAUCACGAACAGGAUGAACAAGAUGAUAUGUCAAUCAGAGUUAGUAGUCCAGGCCAGGGACCACCAUCACCAUUCAGCCCACAUUGUGAAGACAAAGUCAAGGACAAAUCUAACCCAGAAAUAAAGGAAGACUGCUCCGAUUCAAGGAAGGAAAAUGACUCUAUAUUCAGUGGCAGAAACCUGGAGAAGGACAAGCUGGAUGGCAGAACUUUGAAAGAAUCAGAUACCUCAAAAAAAGAUGGAGACUGUAUGGGCCUGAACACGGUCAAAGAAGGAUUCUCACCUCUGAUGGUUCAAACAGAGAGCCCAUCACAUUUUAGUGCCGGUCAUUUACAAAGUCUAGCUCUCUCUGGUUUACACAAUCAACAUUUCUUUAACCCACUGAGCACGGGACAACCACUUUUAUUUCACCCUGGGCAGUUUGCUAUGGCUCCUAGUGCUUUCUCUACCAUGGGCAUGGGACAUUUGUUAGCCUCUAUGUCUGGAGCAAGUGGACUAGAGAAUGGCAGUCUCUCCUCUCAAAGUACCAGUUCAUCCAACCCUUUCCCAUUCCACUUAUCACAGCAUAUGCUUGCAUCUCAGGGUAUCUCUAUGCCACCAUUCGGGGGACUGCUACCCUACCCGUACACAUACAUGGCGGCUGCAGCUGCAGCAGCCUCGGCCCUCCCAGCCGGCAGUGCCGCGUCCUCCCUCGGCCGGAACCCCUUUCUCAGCAGCACCCGACCAAGGUUGCGUUUCAACCCCUAUCAGAUCCCAGUAUCAGUUUCCCAGAGCUCCGGUUUGCUAACCACCGGUUUAUCAAGUACUCUGAAUACGGAGUCAGGGUCGUCAAAAUCAGGCAGCAGGGAGAGCAGUCCGAUUUCUGAGCACCAAAGUCAUAAAACUGGAAGCAGCCAGAAUGCAGGAUCUCCCAAAUCUUCAGGAAAGGACUGCAUUAACGAACUGCAGAAUAUACAAAGACUGGUCAGUGGAUUGGAAAAACGCAGAGACAUGUCCCCCGGUGGAGAUUCACCAAAGUGACCACAUGACACACCUCUUGACUUUUGAAAAAUUAUGCCUCAUGCAUUGCGACAUCUAUUUUCAAGUGUAUCAGAGCCCACAUGUUUGGAUUUCGAGAAAAAUUAUUAGCAUUUUCCGGAUGGCUGACUUUCAAACGUGUUUCAUUUCGCGACGAAUUUAUGGACUAAAUUUACAUCUCUAUAUGGACUGCCUGUUCACCAUUUGUUAUAUCAUGUUUCCAAAACAACCCUGAGCUUAUAUUUCUAAAAAAGACAUUUAACUGUAUUCCUGAGGAUGGACGACGUUUAAGUAUCUGGGACAUUUUUUUUCUAAUUAUUUAAAAAGUAAAACACGUUUUGUAAAUACAGUAGAUGGAUCGAAGGAUUUUAAUUUAUUUAAAACUGUAUAUUUGUGUGUAAAUACUACUAAGUCUCAAUUUGUUACAUUUAUAUCUAUUUUCCCCAUUUACAAAUAUGAAUAUAAUCUAGCGUUUGAUAACAGGAAACCGAAAGUGUUUGGAUGUUUGUGAUAUUCAGAUACGUGAAGGAAAUAUGCCACUGUAAAUCAAAAUAUCUGAUGACAGAUUUGAAGUCUAUUUCAUGUGUUGAUCAUUUUAACACAACGAUGGUCCGUAAGCAUGGAAAACUCAGGUUUCUUUGUAAUCUUGCAUUGAGAAAGUUUGAGCUAUGUAUUUAAACAUAUCGGUGCUGGAUUCUCGGGUAAAUGAACAAUUUUGUUGCAUUCUCAAUUUAAAUAAAACGAAAGUGUUCAUUUA